AUGCGUCUAAUAGAACCGUUGGAAUUACUAUUAUGGUUCGCUAUAGUGAAUAGCUGCAAUUUGCCUAUCACUGACUGGAACUUGAAUCAACUUCAUGCAAAUGUAUUGUUUCAGGCGAUCUUCUUUAUUUUAUUUGUUCUUGUGCUUGCAAUUUUGAUCGUUCACCUCCUUAUAAUAUCUGGAAUUCAAUUUAUUCCAGAAAGUCUUGCAAUUGUUAUUCUGGGAGCGGUCGUAGGAUCGAUACUUUCCUAUUCUGAUCAUGAUUGGAGCGAGAUAGAGGCUCUAAGCCCCGAUGUGUUUUUCCUAGUCUUAUUACCUCCUAUAAUAUUUGAAAAUGCAUAUAAUCUUAACAAAGGCUACUUUUUCUCAAAUAUUGGUCCGAUUUUGUCGUUUGCCAUAUUAGGAACGGCAGUAUCGGCACUUGUUAUUGGAUUUUGUAUAUACAUACUCGGUCAAGCUGAUCUAGUCUACGAGUUUUCUGUUUUCGAAUGUUUUGCUUUUGCUUCCACGAUAUCUGCUGUCGAUCCGGUGGCUACUCUGGCUAUUUUUCAAGCAGUGAAGGUCGAGGGCUUACUGUACAUGCUGGUGUUUGGCGAAUCCAUGCUGAAUGAUGCCGUUUCUAUAGUUCUGGGACCAUCAGAAAUUCUUGCCAGUGUAUCAAGUACAUUUCUUGCAAUGUUUACCCUAUCAGCUGUGCUUGGUCUGGCUAUUGGACUUCUCAGUGCUUUGCUGUUCAAGCAUGUUGAUCUCAGAAAAACUCCAUCCCUUGAGUUUGCUCUUCUCCUAAUAUUUGCUUACAUUCCAUAUGGAUUCGCUGAAGCGCUGUCACUCUCAGGUAUUAUGGCCAUAUUGUUCUGUGGAAUAACAAUGUCUCAAUAUACGCAACAGAAUAUCAGUCCAGUCACGCAAAUAACAUUUCGACAAACUUUUCGAACUAUUUCAUUUGUAGCAGAGACGUCGACGUUUGCAUAUAUCGGCAUGGCAUUCUUCACGAUCAAAUUGAACUUCCAACCAUCUCUAAUUUUUUGGUGUAUAGUUUUAUGUCUCGUCAGUCGAGCAUUGAAUAUCUUUCCAAUCUCCUAUGCAGUAAACAAGUGCCGUCGUGAAGUACAGAUUUCUAUGAAGAAUCAAAUCAUCUUAUGGUUCAGUGGCAUGCGUGGUGCUGUAUGCUUCGCUCUAGUAUUAUACAUGGAAGUGGAAAAAGAGAAGAAAUCAGUCAUUUUGACGACCACGUUAUUCCUCAUUCUCUUUACAACACUUUUUCUUGGCGGUACAGCAAUGCCGUUCAUUUCUUUUAUAAAUAAAUGUUAUCCCGAUGAAAGACCCCGACGAAGAAGAAGAGCUCUUCGGCGUCGCAGCGAUGCUGUUAUGAUGAGUAAAACUCAAGAGAUGGCAAUGUUUGGAAGUGAUGAGUGGACGCCGAAACGAAACGAGCACGUGGAUAGACCGUCAACGGCAACCGGUCGACUAAUGAGGCAACUUUUUGUUCGCAAGUUCACCGCAUCGGAACGACAAGAAAAUCGCGAGAAGUUGGCUGCACUGACGAGAACUGUGCUGAGAAAUGGAGAGGAGUCGGAGAGCGAGGUGAUUGAGUGA